CUUCAAUACCCGUGCCGAUCGUCGCGCAAUCUCUACAUGCUCAAUUGUCAAAAGACAGAGUAACAUCUUGGAAAAUGAACGGUACCAACGGCAGCCAUGCUAAUGGAGCCAAUGGCACCAAUGGCACUGAUAUAAUACCCCAAAAGGGGUCGGAACCACUCUGGAUACAUCCUUCCCCGCAAUCGACCCCGAUGUUUCAGUUUGUGCAGAGUGUGAACAAAGAGUAUGGACUGAAUAUAUCCGGUUAUAAAGAGCUGCACAAAUGGAGUAUCGACAACAUCGAUAGAUUCUGGGGUCGUGUUUGGCAUUUUGUCGGAGUACGGGCUGAAACGGAAGCUUUGAAGGUAGUUGACCUCGAUGCACCUAUGAUCCCUCGUCCAGCUUUCUUCGAAGGUGCAAAACUCAAUUUUGCAGAGAAUUUGUUGUUCCCCGCGCAGCGAGUGGAUGUCGAUGGUCCUGCUAUAAUAGCUGCCACUGAAACGACGCGAGAGACAGUCUCUUGGAAAAGCCUCAGGGAACGUGUCAAACAAUGCCAAGCAGGAAUGAUUGGACUAGGGAUUAAAGAAGGUGACCGAGUGGCAGGAUACGUUGCAAACCAUACCAACGCUCUAGUCGCCAUGCUGGCAGCUACAUCGUUAGGGGCAAUUUGGACGGCAGUCAGCCCAGAUACAGGCGUACAUGCUGUGCUAGAGCGGUUGCGACAGAUUGAACCUAGCAUCCUCUUCGCUGACAAUGCUGCAUUCUAUAACGGGAAGAGCCAUCCUGUGUUGCCUAAGAUCAUUGAGAUUGCUGUUGAGCUCCCAACUUUAAGUGCAGUGGUCGUAUUUCCCACUGUACUCUCCGUCGAAGUGCCUGCAGAAUCCAUUAAGGUUCCUUCUGGCAAAUCGUACGCCUACGCAGAUUUCAUCAAUCUUGCGGAGACGAGAGAGCUCACCUUCAAGCAGCUUCCCGCGGAUCAUCCUGUGUACAUUCUCUACUCCUCCGGAACCACUGGCGCGCCGAAAUGUAUCGUGCACGGGGCUAUUGGUACUCUACUCCAACAUAAGAAAGAGCACAUAAUUCAUUGCUCGAUCACGCCCAAGUCUCGACUUUUCUAUUUUACGACCUGUACCUGGAUGAUGUGGCAUUGGCUUGUCUCCGGACUUGCCUCGGGCGCGACUCUCGUGUUAUACGAUGGCUCACCCUUCCGCUACGUAAAUCCCGAUGUCCCAGAGACUUCAGUUCCCGACGAUCUUGCCAUGCACAGACUCAUAGAGGAAUUUGAUAUUACGCAUUUCGGAACGUCUGCUAAAUACCUGUCUGUACUAGAGCAAAGGUCGGUCUCCCCUCUAUCAGCAGGUUUAAAUUUGAAGACUCUAGAAGCCAUAUAUUCCACCGGAUCGCCUCUAGCUCCGUCAACCUUUAGCUACGUCUACUCAGCUUUCCCCUCCACCAUAAACUUGGGCAGUAUUACCGGCGGUACAGAUAUCAUCUCACUUUUCGGGGCGCCCAAUCCCCUUCUGCCCGUCUACGAGGGUGAGAUUCAAGGUCCCAGUUUAGGAAUGGCCAUCGCAGCUUUCAAUUAUACUGGAGAAGAUAUCACUUCCACAGGCGAACCUGGGGAUCUCGUAUGCACGAAACCUUUCAUAUGCCAACCGGUUGGCUUUUGGGGCAAAGAUGGCGCGAGGAAGUACCGCAGCAGUUACUUCGAAAAAUUCUCCAACAAAUCAGGACAGCCCAUAUGGCACCACGGAGACUUUGUGCGUUUCGAUCCUCGGACUGGUGGUAUUUGGAUGCUGGGGCGUAGCGACGGGAUUCUCAAGCCAGCAGGAAUCCGAUUUGGUUCGGCAGAAAUAUAUAACGUCUUGCUUGAGCACUUCUCGGUUGAUGUCGCAGACGCGCUAUGUAUCGGAAGGCGACGCGAACAAGACUCGGAUGAGACGGUUUGUCUGUUCUUGAAGAUGGCAGACGGGAAAGCAUUCUCGACUGAGCUCGCCGAAAGCAUCAAGGUGUCUAUUAGGAAGGCUCUUAGCGCCAGACACGUCCCUGGAGUUAUCGACGAGUGUCCAGAAAUCCCUGUCACCACGAACGGAAAGAAGGUCGAAGGUGCCGUGAAGCAGAUACUGUGCGGAUUGAAUGUCAAAACAUCCGCAAGCGUCGCAAAUGCGGAAUGUCUCGAUUGGUACAGGGAGUGGGCUCACUCACAUUAA